CACUACAACAACAGGUACGAUGGACACUUGAGGAAGUCGUGUCUUCGGAACAGCUACGUCUUCGUUCUCUGGCCGAAGAUGACCGAAGUGUGAACCAGCGGAACACCGGACUACUCUUGAGUGAGACUGCCGAAUUGUUACUACCAAAAGCCGCGCAAGAUUUCUUCUUCAAGGGGCAGGCAGGAGACAACAUGGCGGGAGUGGCCAGACUGAAGCUGGUAUUCAUGGCGCUGGUGCUACUGCUGGUGACUGUCUCUCCCCAAGACGGCCUGCGGUGUUACUCGUGCUCGGUCACCGCCGGACACCCCUGCCGACACGACCCGGCCGGACUGGGGCCAUCCUCCGUCACUCAGUGUGACGCCUCAUCGGACAGCUGCGUGACGGAAUACUCCUACUCUACUACGAACAAGUCUGUGACAGAGUUCGGCAGACAUUGUGGCCACAGUCUCAGCUGUAUAGGCUGUCUUCCAUUACCUAAUACUGACAAGGCAGUUUGUACCACCUGCUGCAAGACGGACUUAUGUAACACCGACACUGGCGUCACUUCCGGUACAACCCGGACAGCACGACGUCAUUUCCUGUUGUGGGCGGCAUCGUCUUUGCUGUCAACGAUACUUAUGAUUGUAAAUCACGAUUAAUCAUGUUCAAUAA